AUUUUCAACCUUAAGUCUGCAGCGGCACCACCUCCUGUGACCCUCAGCUGCUGCCGUCCUGGGUCUAAAGCAAAAUUACCCCGGAUCAUAACAACAGGUCCCGUCCAUUACAAUUUUUUUCCUUUUUUUUUUUUUUUCUCCUCGGGACAAUGGCCGCAGCUCGCCCCUAGUCACACUCCCUACACACACACACGGAUCCCAGCGAGCAACCCGCCAGAGCACGGAGUCUGAGCACCGCAGCAGCGCGCGCUGACGGCGCUAAACGCUUUGGAUGUGUAAAUAUGGGUGUUUAUCAAAGCGCAUAUUAAUGGUAUGUACUCCGGACUGUUUGAAACUCCCACGUGGAGUUUUCUCCUUUCGGUUGAAGCGGACAAGGUUUUUUUUUUUUUUCUUUCUUUCUUUCUCCUCCAGCUGACGCCGAUCUUCUACGUGCGUAAAGUUGUGCGUAAUUCGUGCGUAAAGUUGCUUUUCGGACGUUGCGGGGCAAAAUGAAGAUAUCACUGCAUUAUUUAUGAUCCUUACAACUUUUACAGUGACAAUAUGCAUACUCUUGUGCGGCAGCCUGUUCUGUAAUUGCACCAUCAAAGCGGGGAAAUUGCCGUUUCAUAGCCGCGCUGCCUUUGUCCGCUGCGACAAAAGAGAGACGACUGUAUAUCUGGAUCAACUUUUUAAGGACUUUUAUUGUACGAUAACCUUUGCAUAACAACUAUUUUUUUCUCAAGCGUUGCCUCGGGCACUGCGCAUGCGCGCUGGCUGCUCGCUGUCACUAAGACAUUUUUCAUCACGUUGGAAACUGUCACUGGUGACGUCAAUCACCGAGCUCUGACCAAUUAGAGCGCAGGGUGAUUGUUUAGCUCCACGGGCUGCAGCGCCUACCAUGAAUCUCUAUUCAGUAUCAAAGCGUCCUGCUGCUGCCUCUCAACCGAAUGGGAUUCCAUGUAGUCUGCAGAUAGACUUAACUUUAUAAAGUCUUUUUUUUUUCCUUUUAUUUUUUCAUUGCGAUUAAAAUAUAUUUGUCAUCAUCAUUAUUAUUUUGCCUGCUGUCAAGUUAUUCUAAAAUUAGGAAGUAAUGAGCGUGGAUGCAUUGGGAAGCCCCGUGAUGGACCCUACGUUUUCCAAACGGAACACGGCGCUGAGAUUAGUUGACUUGGCAGGGGCUCACCACCAUCACCAUCAUCACCACCAUACCCCUCAGAGCGUGACAGGCUUCCCGGGGUUCAGCAGCCAUCCACACUCAAUGGCUCACUCGCACCCUGGGGAGAUUACUGCGGAACCCCGCCUGGGGCCGAGUCCAUUCGGGCCAGAACACAUGGGGCACUCCGCGGCCCUCAAAAUCAGCCCAGCCCAUCAUUAUCCCCACCACCAUCACCACCACCACAAUCAUCAUAUGGCAGGCCACAGUGAAGUGGUCUCCAGUCAAACGGGAGCUUUUGGCCCGGUUCAGGCGACAUCGGUCCCCUAUUCUAUGUCUCACACGGCCCAGGCUUUAUCCGCAGGUAGGGAUUUCCUCAUCCGGAGAGAUCUGACAGCUCAAGCCAUGCCUGUACUGACUGACCAGACUGCUGGUUCAGCCUCUCACCACGGAAUGUUUGUCUCAACAACAGGUAGCUAUCCCGGACACUAUGGUCAUCACCCUGACGCUGGGAACCAUACCCUCUUCUCCGGACUCCAUCACGACCAGCCUUCUAGCGGAUCACCGGGUGGCCAAGCGUUGAAUGGACAAAUAAGGUUAGGACUACCUGGAGAAAUGUACGUUAGGUCUGAUCACUUGAGUCAAGUGGCAAGCUCCAGGGCUGAUCCGUUCUCCGCCUCGCCUUUGCAUGGCUACGGUGGUCUGAAUCUGAACAUGAAUCUCAGCGCUCACCACCAUCACCACCACCACGGAGCCGGAGCCUUUUUCCGCUACAUGAGGCAGCCGAUAAAGCAAGAGCUGAUCUGCAAGUGGCUGGAGCCGGAACACUCGCCGAAGAAACUUUGCUCCAAAACUUACAGCACCAUGCACGAACUCGUAACGCAUGUGACGGUGGAGCACGUCGGAGGACCGGAGCAGGCGAACCACAUAUGCUUUUGGGAAGAGUGUCCGAGGGAAGGCAAACCAUUUAAAGCCAAGUACAAACUUGUAAAUCACAUUCGAGUGCACACCGGGGAGAAACCGUUUCCGUGCCCGUUCCCCGGCUGCGGGAAAGUGUUCGCCAGAUCCGAGAAUCUUAAGAUUCACAAGAGGACGCACACAGGUGAGAAGCCCUUCAAAUGCGAGUUCGACGGCUGCGACAGACGCUUCGCCAACAGCAGCGACCGGAAAAAGCACUCCCACGUCCACACCAGCGAUAAGCCCUACAACUGCAAAGUGAGAGGCUGCGAUAAGUCCUACACGCACCCCAGCUCCCUGAGGAAACACAUGAAGGUGCACUGCAAGUCCCCCCCGCCCAGCUCGGGCUACGAGUCGUCCACCCCGUCCCUGGUGUCCCCCUCCUCAGACUUGGGCCGGGAGCCAGGAGGCUCCUCGGUGCUGUCGGAGCCGGUGGGAGCCUCCUCCCAGCCCGCCAAUUUAAGCGAGUGGUACGUGUGCCACAGUUCAGGUGCCAGCGGCGCCCAGACACCGCCCAGCGGGCCCUCCACGCCCGACCCCACAGACCAGCCACCUUACAGAAACCCAGAACCGAGGGACGCGUUUUAAAAAAAAAAAAAAACUCGCAGCAGAAAAAGUGACAGAACACUUUUUUUUUUUCACGAGCUCGACUAUUAAAAAAAAAAUGGUUUGGCUCUGGUGCCUAUAUAUCCGCCUGUGACGAGGGGCCCCUUACUGAUGAGACACCCAAAACAGACACCCAGAUGCCCAGAGACGCAUUUGAACCACAUUGGGAAAGGAGGAAAAAAAAAACGUGCAAACUUUUAAAGACGUGCUAAUUUCCAGGCACAUUAAAAGAAUAUAUUUUACAAACCUCAGCGAUUCAAAAUGGUUGGCUCGGUGCCUGUUCACGCCCUGAAACGGCUCCACUGCUCCACUUGUGGACGGGAGAGUCGUGUAAAUCCGUUAGACUAAUGUGGUGCGUUAUUGUAGGGUAGGCAUGUUGGUGUAAAGUUAUUUUGUAAAAAAGAAAAAAAAAAAGAAAGAAAAGAGAAGAAGAAGAAAUUCCGAGUUUUGACUUCUAUAUGUUUUUUAUUUAUUUUUCAAUCUGAUCUUGGAGGAUUUUUUUUCUUUUUUUUUUGUAUGAUUGAACCAAAGUGCAUGUUUCAAAAAAAAGAAAAAAAAAUCGGGGCGAACAAAACAAAAUGUACAUUUGUAAAUUUUUGUAUAAGUUUCGAUGUGUUGAUGUUGAUAGUUUUUUGGAAGGAUUGUGUCUCUGGCGCAGUUUUCUCUCCGGUGACUGCAGUUUAUUUGUACAAAACAUUUUUAUGUUGACACCAUUUCUCCCUCAACCCUGCUCAUCUGUGCAGAGGCUCAACCGCAGAACUGUUUCACACGCCUGCAGUAUUUGAUAUACGACCGUGAAAUUAUAAAUGUUUUAUCAAAGUGGACAUUUUUCUUUUUUUUUUUUUGUUGGUGGUUUUGUAUCAUUGUCGUCAAUAUUUUUUUAUUUUUUAAUAUUAUUAUUAUUUUUUGAAUAUCUGAAAUCGAGCGGCACUCAACAUGCGGUACCGAACUGCCUUGUAAUUUGUGAGUAUUUUGAAUAAAUCUUGUAUGACUCAA